GUAAAUUUGGAUAUGGAUGUGCAUAGUGGAAACAGCGAAUGAAAUAUAUACACCCCAAUAACAAAUAUGUUUUAACAAUAAACAAAAGUUUACUUAAAUCAUAUUUAUCCAAUUCUCAGCUAGUUGAACUAGUUAAUAUUUCUUUGAUAUUGUUAAUACAGAAAUGACAUGGCACUCAGCUCUACAACUGUGAAACAAAGGGGACGUCAGCGUCGUAAGCCAACGAUAUGGACAAGAGAAAAGAUUUAUAAGCUAAUUGAGCUGUAUCGAGCAUCUGACUGUUUAUGGAAUCAUUAUUCGGAGCUAUACAAAAAUAAAGAUUGUCGGAAUAAAGCUAUAGAUCGUAUAUGUAAAACUCUGGAAAUCACAAAAAUUGAUUAUGGAAAAAAGGUGCACAAUUUGCGAAAUCAAUUUAAUUCGGAAUUGAAAAAAUAUGAAAGACGUUUGGAAAAAAUGGGUGAUAAGAAAACUCUAUCACCGAAAACCUGUCGCUGGGAGCACUUCGAAACCUUAAUGUUUCUGCGACCCAUCAUUGAACCCCGGCCGGGCUAUCAACCACAAAGCAAGAAAACUGUAAAUAGCAUUAAGAUAUCUUAUUGUAAUGAGAACACAAAACAGGAGACUGCGAAAAGUCCGACAGAAGAAAAUAUAGAAUUACCAAUAUUAAGUGUCGAGCAGACAAAUAACCGAGUUUCAAAAGAACUUGAACCGUGUGAAGUUCAACCAAAUUCUGCUUCAACACAUUGCACAAACUUUUCGCCAAUUUCCACGCAUGUGGAAAAGCAAACCUGCAUGGAAACUUUGGGGCCAGGUGUUCGUGAUCAAUGGGAUGCGUUUGGUGAAUUGAUAGCAAAUGAAUUCCGAAAUUUAAACUCAAUGAUUUCACGUAAAAAACUUAAACGUAGAAUUAUGCAAAUUAUGCUAGAAGUUGGCGAAGAAGAUGAUAAAAAAUAUACAACGGUCAAUUAAAAAAAUCUUAUGUUAUUAUUACUUUUAUUAAG